CACUAUAUUUAAAAUAAUAAGCUGUUUAAGGUCUAACCAAGAUCGUUAUGGCUUAGUAACGGCAAUAUAUGCACACGUCAAUGUUUGUUUGUUUGAUUAAAUCUAUUAUAACAACGCAAAAAUAAUGAGGGCAGACUUUAGGUGUUUAGGAAAUCUGAAUAUAUUCCAUAAUAUAUUUUAAUUUUAUGUAAUCUUGUUGAAAAUAUGCCAUAGAUAUAAGAGCAUACACGUAUAUUUUAGUUAUUACGGUAGAUACAGGUUUGGUAAUGGUAAAUCUCGCAUUCAGAGUUUGUCACUUCACUGCCAAAUUCAGCAUGGCCAACUUUAAAUUCAUAGAUAUCGGUAUUAACCUCACUGACCCCAUGUUUAGGGGACUAUACAGAGGAAACCAGAAACAUCAAGAUGAUUUUGCCCAAAUUGUCGAAAGAGCUCUGAGCGUUGGGGUUCAGAAGUUUAUGAUCACUGGUGGAAAUCUGGAGGACAGCAGAGAGGCUCUGAAGCUAGCACACAGCCGAGAGGAGUUCUUCAGUACUGUAGGUUGCCACCCGACUCGCUGUGCUGAGUUUGACCAGCAGGGGGCAGAGCAGUAUUUCUCAGCACUCAGAGAGCUGGCCAUAAGUAACAGAGGGAAGGUGGUGGCUGUUGGGGAGUGUGGACUGGAUUUUGACCGGCUGGAAUUCUGUCCAAAAGAGACCCAGCUCAAGUACUUUGAGAAGCAGUUUGAUCUGGCAGAAGAAACCCAACUGCCCAUGUUCCUGCACUGCAGAAACUCUCACCACGAAUUCCUGGACAUUAUGAAAAGAAACCGUGACAGAUGUGUUGGAGGGGUGGUUCACUCCUUCGACGGGACCAAAGAGGACGCCGCUGCUCUGACGGACCUGGACCUUUAUAUCGGCAUUAACGGCUGGUGGCUCUUUGAAGACGGAGGCGAAUCUCGAGGCCAUGAAAUCGAUCCCCACGGAGAGGCUCAUGAUCGAGACAGUACCACGUCGACGGAGCCGAGACAUGCGGGUAGAGCUUGAAAACCUUUAGACCAUCGAUUGAUUAAAUUGAUUGAACUGACAGACUGAUUACGCUGGAUAUAACAUCAUAGAGUUGUCCACUAUAUCUAGUGCCCUAUGUACAUAACGUAGAACGUUGUUUACAAUUCAGCAUAAAAAAAGGGGGGAAAAAAAUGCGCUUUUUAUUGAACCAAACGAAGUAGUUCUAGAACCCUGAUCAGUUAUAAUCAUUCCCGAACACUGUUACUGCGAAAACACACUAAACAAUUAUAACGAUAAAUCACUGAACAGCUGAAGUAGUUCUAGAAUACUAGGAGGUUGUAAAAGUUCUAGAACACUGUUUGACUCACUGUUUGAACAUUGGUCAGCUGUUGUAGUUCUAGAAGCUUGGAUGGUUAUAAUAAACCUAAAGCACUGAUCGACUGUAGUAGAUCUAGAACACUGGUCUGGUCUGCUGUAAUAAUUCUAGAACCCUGAUCGACUGUAGUAGAUCUAGAACACUGGUCUGGUCUGCUGUAUUAAUUCUAGAACCCUGAUCGACUGUAGUAGAUCUAGAACACUGGUCUGCUGUAAUAAUUCUAGAACCCUGAUCGACUGUAGUAGAUCUAGAACACUGGUCUGGUCUGCUGUAAUAAUUCUAGAACACUG